AGCCUAAACUGCUCCGCCCACAGUCACGUAAACUGAUCUGAAGUUCAGAGAUCAAGACGGGUAGCUAAAAUUGUAAUUAAACUGGAUUUUCCCUGAUCGCCUAAAUAAUUAGCUCUAGUAACUAACUUAUAUGUAACCCGACUGGUUAGCUGCAAAAACCAUAACUAUUCGCAUUUUAGCUAAUAAUUCUGGAGAACAGUGGUAUUAUCCUGUCAGCCAAAUAUUUGUUAGUGUUUGCCUACUGUUAGAAAAUAUCCCGCCAUUUUCUCACGCUGCAUACGUGUUUUUAUACUUGGAUGGAUACUGUAGCUCGCUAUAGAUAAACUUUCGUGUAGGCCUACAUGUCUCAAUUUAUUAGGGUAUUACGUAUGAUUAUGUAUUGUGUGAAUAUACAUUCACUUGACUCGCCUACGCAUUUUAAAAACGUGUAGAGGGGUCCUUGGCGGCUGAAAGUCUGCGGAAAGUACAUUAUACAUAUUAUUCAUGUUUGUUUUACGUAGGUCUGAUGUUGACAACCACAACGGCAAGCACAAUGUUCCCAGCUGUAAAAUACAGGGCUAUAGACUAUGUCUAUGAGGCCUCUACAAGGCAGAAGUUGACCAUGAAUUGGCUGGUUCUCCCGGUCCCCUACCACCUGGACCGCUCUGACCUUUACGCGCACUCAGGGACCCUGCCUGAGGCCGUCUACAGGAUGCCAUGGACUCGGGGAACUGUGAUUUCCACCUGCAAGCUCGUCAUCAGUGGAUCCGUACUGGAUGACUUAAAGAACAGUGGACAGCGAGUGGACUUAAAUGAAAAAUUCGGAUGUCCCCUGGUCUGCCUGGGAGGGGUCUCUGUGGAGGUGGUGCCCAGCUCAAACCCCGCCUCCCAGUCUGCCCCGGACAUGGGCGAGGCCCUCUGGCUCAUGGAGGGGGGUGGGAGAGAGGCGGGAUGCGCUGAAACUUUCCCCGAGGCCUCGGAGGAGCUCCUGCACCCAGGAGAACAGCCCAGCGACUCAGGUCUGUACCUGAAGGAGGAAAUGCUCUUCAUCGAUCACCUGCUGCGCUUUGGAGAGCAGUUGCCGCGGUUACGCGCCAUAUUGGGCAGGCUGAAGACGGUGACCGUGCCGGACCCCCUGCUGUGUCCCGCGGGAAACGGCCUCUCAGAGGACCUCCUUUUCAGGCACUGUCUGCCCUUUGAGGAGCCCUGUGCCACAGAAGCAGAGCAUCAUGGUCUAGGCCUCCAGGAGGAGUUCUGCCAAGUGCCUGUGCUUCAGGAAGAGGCUCUAAUGCUCCCGCUGGAGCUGGAAUCCCGCCAUUCCAGCAGACUCCGCGGGGGCUCUCUCCUCCAGGAGCUGCAGCAGCGUUUUAACACCGUCCCGGAGCAGCCAGGGGGCGACCCUUCCAUUUUGGAGUUACUCAGGAAAGACGUGCCGUCCAGUCCGUGGGACUCUGUGGAAAUGUCUGAUUUCAGAAUGCCAGAGGAUCCUGUGGAGGAGGGUCCCAGAGCGGGACCGUUAUUCUCCCUGGACCGCACACACCCAGGUCAUUACAGGUUGUACCCACAGCUAGAGACAGACCUUACCCUCACCCCGCCCCGCCCACGGCCACGGCCCCCCCCUCAGACCCAGCUCUCCAGCGCCGCCCUGCCUGUGGAACUGAUGUCCCCGGUCUACAAGCAGCGUUUGGUGUCGGACUCUGCCAGAGAGAGCAUGGAGGAGGCCGUGUGGAAAGCAGAAAAGCACCUCCCUGUGGUCCUGAGCCUCCUACUGGCAGAGCCUCAGAUGCCUGAGCCCCCCCUGCAGCACCAGCGCAUCUCAGAAGCUUUUAAACUGAUGGCGUUUGGGGCAUACAGCAGUGUCCCCGUCGCCGGGGAUCGGGGGGGCACCGGGUGCUCCGGCCCCCACGCAGCCUUUCCCCGAAUCAGCCCCGCCCACAAGCGCUUGGGAACACCGGGAAUUUGGGCCGGAGAGGGUCGGGAAUUUGUGGAAAAGAUGGAUGACGCCGGUCCCACAGAACCAGCGGCAGCAUCUACAGAAGAGUUCCCGCCAUUUUCCUUCUGCCAGAUCGACAAUAUUCUAAGAAAAUGCAGUGAAGACACUGGUUGCCCCGGUUACCCAGUCACACCCACCCCAGUCACAGACAGUCCCACCCCCAUUGCUAUGACUGACGCGCUGGGGUCCUCCUGUCAGGAGAUGCAGAAAGCUGACCAGCGGAUUGCCACAGAGGAAACUGCCACCAAUCAGGGGGAUCAGGGGGCGGAGCCUGUCCCGGUGGGCGGGAUCGUGAGGGGAGGGAAUGUCUUCUCGGUACAGGAAGGGACGGGCGUCCACAUGCCCAUCCCUGCCAGGCGUUCUGUUAAAGCCCCCCCCAGCGGCUGCCCCGUCUCUGGGCCAGGGGAAGACCUGGACCCUCUCGCCUCUUUCAUGAUGCUCAGGUCCCAGCAGAAGGCUGGGGUUGCCCCUCCACCCCAGAACUCCUCCUGUACAGAUCCCUCAAAACCAGAGCCCAGUAUGGUGACAGAACCCAAAGAGGAACUGAACCCCAGCUGUGUGACCUUAGCAGGGAUACGAAGUGAUGUCAGAGCUCAGGAAACCAGCAGAGCUGAAGCCAGAGAGGACAGCCAAGUUAUCUGUGUACAAGCCUCAGAGAGCCAGCGCCGGGCCUACAGGCUUCUUCACGCCGCGGUGAGCCCCUCCCUCUCCAGUGCCCAUGAGCUGGGACUGUUCGGCAGCGCUGCCGGGGACUUCAGCGCCCUCAGCCCGGACCACGCCCGCUUCCUGCUCAAACAGCAGGAGAAGGAGCUGAGCGCCAGUGGGAGGCCAGGGGAGCCCAGUGAGGAGAAGGUCCGUCUCUACAGGCAGGUGGCGCUCAUUCACCUGCUGGUGACAGUGAGGGAGCUGCUGCUCCAGUGUGACCUCAGUACUGCCAUUGACUACCUGGCCAGAGCCAGAGAGGCGGGCCCUGAGGCCUGUUUGGGCAGGCUGUGGGUGGACCUGCGUGUGGUACAGUACCUCAGUCAGAGGAGCCAGGAGCCCCUCCCCAAAAUCACAGCGCUCCAGGAGCAUCUGAAGGCCUGGAUGCAGGAGAACAGGACUCAGAGGCCCUGCCCGAAAGCACUUGUGAUAACUACACUCGACUGUGACCGUGUAAGAGCUCUGCUGGUUCAAAGCCUCAGCCAGAUCGCAGGAGCCCACGCUUUGGCUGUGUGUCCUGCAGAGGGCAGCAGUAAGCUGGACACCCAGAGGCUGAGGGAGAGUGUGCAGCGGUGUCGCUGCCUGGUCGUCUGCGGACAGCACAUUGGACCGGACUUCCCCUGGCACUGCUUCUCUCUGGCUGUGGAGUUUGAGUGGGUCGGCGCCCCCUUCUGGGCCCCCGUGUGCAGAGAGAGGAGCGUCAGUCACGUGAUCCUCAGGACCACAGUGCCCUGCUGCGAGGCAGACCCUGCAGACCCCUCUCUGGAUCAGGACCCCCCCUCCUCCCUGCCCUUCAUCCUGCCCUUCACCCUGCUUGUGACCGACAGCCUGCUGCACUCUCCCCUGCUGCUGCAGACGCUGGAGUCCACAUAUAACAUGACUGUGCUGGAGAGGGAUUUUCCGCACUCUCUGAAGAUGCUCGGCGGGACGUCCCGUUACUGUGUGAUCACAGUGGACGAGAGCACAGCGGUGCUAAUCCAGGAGCUGGAGGAGCUAGAGACAGAGCAGGCCUCAGAGAGCUUUGUGCUGAGAAUGACAGCCCUGUCCCUGCAGUACAGCUGCUGCUGGGUCCUGUUCUACUGCCCCGGGGGGCAGGGCUCGGGGUAUAGCUUCAGCAGCGAGGUCUUCAGCAACCUUGUGCUGAUCUCCUCGUCCUUUGUUCUGUUUGGAUUGAAGUCCGAGGACCUUGACGUCAAGGUGCUGAUAGUGGCCGAGGCCUCACACCUGGCCAGGUGCAUCCAGCGGAUUUCUCACCAAACUCUGCUGUCCUCUGGGAGAGACCCCCUCGCCUGGCUGGACAGGGACUGGCUGUCUGUGCUGCCCUCAGAGGAGGAGCAGCGCCUGACGCUCUUCCCCUCCGUCUCCCCCCUGGUGGCGCAGCUGAUGCUGAGGAGGGCCCCCGGCCUGCAGUGGCUUCUGGGGGCCACACUGUCUGAGCUGCAGGAGCUGCUGCCGGAGGUCCCUCAUAAGGUCCUAAAGCUCUUCAGUGACAUCACUGCCCUGUACCAGCUGAACGUGUCCCACUCCCCUCCCGAAUCCCCCGCCACGGCCGCCCAAAACGCUCCCAGCAGCCCCUGGGGCGUCGGCGUUAGGGACCCACGCGACGACCCGGAACUGUUUGGGGCUGACCUCAUCGGCCCCUUCGCCGGCCCAGAGGACCUGGCGGCGUGCGGCUCGGACGAGGACGUCUUGGACUUGACGGGAGAAGCGGCGGAUUUCUCCGGAAGCGCGUUUCUGAGAGACGGCGUGUGUCGGCAGUGGGGGGGAGGGGGGCGCUUCAUGGCGCUCCCACAGGCGCCCGCCUGGUCCGUCAGAGAUGCCCAAAGCCCCCCUACGGGAAACACCCUCCAGGGCAGGCCCGCUCCCAGAAACGCCAGCGCCCCCUGGCAGUCAGGGGGUGCAAGUGGCCAGACGCCAACUUUCUCUGGGGGGUUCACUGCCCAGCAGACUCACUACACCCCUGCCACCUACCUAGCCCCGCCCACUUCUGCAGGGAGCCAAUGGAAUGGCAAGGCCAGCCCCUGUGGCCGUGCUAGCAGACCCAACGUAGGGGCUCCAUGUGGGUACAGAGGAGAGCCCAGCGCUCCGUCAGGAGCGGAGGGGUGUGUGUGGGGCAGGACAGGCGCUCAGUCAGGAGCGGAGGGGUGUGUGUGGGGCAGGACAGGCGCUCAGUCAGGAGCGGAGGGGUGUGUGUGGGGCAGGACAGGCGCUCAGUCAGGAGUGGAGGGGUGUGUGUGGGGCAGGACAGGCGCUCAGUCAGGAGCGGAGGGGCGUGUUUGGGGCAGGACGGGACAGAAGAGAGGUGCAUAUGCUCAUGAACAGGACGAAUGGAGAGCAGAUUUUCCGCAGCUGAAGAAGGGAAAGCUGACCUAUGAGAAGGUUCCAGGCCGAAGAGAUGGACAGACCAGACUGACGUUUUUCUAGCCUUGAUUUUCCUUUCGCUACUCAGUUAAGGUCUUUAUUCUAAGUGUUAGAUUUUUAACAGAAUAUUUUAUUCAGAAAUAUUGAAGGCAUUACUGUUAUACUGCUGCAGAUGCAGCAAUCUGUUAUAUUUAUGUUAUAUUAUUUCAACCAUUGCAAGCUGCACAGUGAAGGAAAAAUUACUUAAUGUAGCCUAGGAUGUGUAGACUAUGAGAUUAUUUUAAAAAAUCUACUAUGUUCAUUUUGGUUUGCUUUCCCCAAAACUCCUUAAUUUCCUUGUGCAGCACUCUGUAUAUUUUACAUAUCUCCUUACCUUUGUAUCAGUAUUAACAGAAGUAUAAAUUUCAAGUUGUCAGUAUUAAGUUUCUAUUAUC